AUGCUGGUUGAGAUGAGAAAAGCAGACUUUGGUGGCGGCAGCGGCAGCGUACGGACGCCAAAUAAUCAACUCUGCAUUUUACAGCCCGCUGCUGAGGACCCUCCUGCGUCUUUGAAGAAGAUUUCGUUACUUGGCAUACUCGCGGCCUGGAGACAAGCUCUGUGGACAGUGUACCUGCUACAGCGUCUUCACAUUGCAUCGCAGAGACUGCCAUCUAUCCCAGUCACUUCCAACUACCUGAUUAGUUAUCGCUCGCUUCGAGUGGGCGGUGGCUGCGAGUGCGUCUAUUACUUUGGUGGCGGCAGCGGCAGCGUACGGACGCCAAAUAAUCAACUCUGCAUUUUACAGCCCGCUGCUGAGGACCCUCCUGCGUCUUUGAAGAAGAUUUCGUUACUUGGCAUACUCGCGGCCUGGAGACAAGCUCUGUGGACAGUGUACCUGCUACAGCGUCUUCACAUUGCAUCGCAGAGACUGCCAUCUAUCCCAGUCACUUCCAACUACCUGAUUAGUUAUCGCUCGCUUCGAGUGGGCGGUGGCUGCGAGUGCGUCUAUUACUUUGGUGGCGGCAGCGGCAGCGUACGGACGCCAAAUAAUCAACUCUGCAUUUUACAGAGCAAGAUGGCCACGGGAUUCACUAACACCUGCCUGUCGUGUAAUGAAGCUCUGUCAGAAAAGAGUCUGAAAAUGAAAUGUGUAGAGUGUGAGUAUUCUUAUCACCUCGGUGCAUGUUCAGGUAUACAGGAAUCGACCUUUAAGACUAAGGGGGAGAGCUGGCAUAGUGCAUGGCGCUGUCAAACAUGCCGAAUCUCGAAGCAACGAAGUAGUAAACCAAAAAAGGAUUCUGAAGUGGACGUCAUGGUUGCGCUGGCUGCCAUGAAUAAAAAGCUGGAUAGUCUACUUGACCUUAAAGAGACUGUAAAUGGCAUUGAACAGGCUAUUCAGAUGCUAUCGGACAAGUACGACGGUAUGACAGUGUUGAUAACUUAG